AUGGCGGCGUCCUCUGGACAGUUGAAAUUCAAAUGGAUAUUGAUUGCAUGCUUGUGUAUGACUGAAAAAGGUAUCCUUGGUUCGUCACUCUACGACACAGGUUCCCAAACGUUAAAGGCUUCCGUCAAGAAGAAGGCCAGGAUUGACCUUCCUGAUGGCAAGGCUUUCUCCUUCUAUGGCGGCAGCUACUCCAGCAUAUGGUUGACAACGGAUGGAUUUUUAUCAUUUGACGAAAGAGCUGAGUAUGGAAAUUUUAACUUUAGCACUGGUGACGUUACUCCGUCUUAUGAUUACCCUUUCAUUGCUCCAUUCUAUCACUCUGGAGAAGCCCUGGACUCUCACACUGGAGGUGGCACUAUCUUCUACAGGACACUUAACACGUCUCACGACAGUGCGGAACUCAGUAUGUUCGGUACAAAUAUAUCUAAUGCUGUGGUAGGAGUUCAGAAUUUUCAGCCAGUAGGAGGUAUCAUUGUCACAUGGCAAAAUGUGGCAGACGCCAUUGACAUAGGACUUGGAUGUGGUACGUCUCCGCAACCACAAUGCAAGACAAGCACUUUUCAAGCCGCCAUUCUUACAGACGAAAACAGCUCUACUUUUGUCAUUUUUAAUUAUGGACAUAUGGAUAUUGCUAUAAGAAAGUUUUACCAAAGUGGGUUUAAUGCAGGAUAUGGUGGUGAAUGGACAACAGCCAUACCUCAAUCAGAACUUAACCGUGCACAAAACCUGAAAGGAAGUGACGUAACUGGGCGGUAUUACUUUAGGGUUGGUUCUGACAGGAUAGUUAGAGGAGGAUGUCGUGACAUAUCUUUGCAAAAUGAUGGUGUUAGCCUAGAGAUGUCGCCCAAUUUUGGCGGGAUGUUUGGUGGACAGACGAUAGAAAUGUCGGGUUCCUGUCUGGGUUUGAAUGAGAACAUCACAUGUGCUUUCGGCAAUCCCCCAGUGAUCUCAUCCGGCAUCUUCAUCAAUUCAAUGAAGAUAAAAUGCAGCGUGCCGAGACUUUUGGUUAGGGGACGUGUCGUUGUCUCGAUGAGGCAUGGUAACGGCAGAGUUUAUACCGGGAUUAUAACAAUAGUGGGUUCCGGACGGAUGAGGGACACGCUCCAGUCAAUUGAAAUACCUGGAGCAGGCUGGAACACUACAGAUGCUAGUAAACUUACGAUGAGCUGGAACUCGAGUCUUCUCUCACCGCAGCGAAACGACCUGGUCACCAUCAAACUCAUCGGCUACAGGGAAACUGGAACAAAGGCAGAGUGGGUAGACCUGGCUGUCCUUGGCUCAGGCCCAAACGUCCUCAACAACGGAGUGUAUACAUUCAACACACGUGACCACAGAUGUUCGGGAGACCUUUGUAAGGUGGAGACGGGUCUGGUGGAGGUACGACUGGUGGACCCUAGCAGGGCCAGAUCUCACCUUUUCCUCGUGAGUCGUGAGUUACCCCUCGGAUGGUUUGUUAAUGAUGAUAUGGUACAGAGAUACGGCAGCCAGUGGCCACAUGACAAGUGCAUGUCGUGGUACAACAAUGACCGCAUGGACAUGUCUUGGUUGCAAAGCCUACCUUACUGUCCCUGUAAUCUAGGUCAGGCCCUGGUAGACUUCGGUCGAUUCCAAACUGACCCAGGGUGUGACAUGUUUAGUGGAAGUAGAUGUACUUACCAUAUCGGAGCAGUCCAUUGUGUGCGAGCUGUUCAACCAACGGUUGAAGGAUCGGGGAACCAAUGCUGUUACGGUCCCGAUGGGGCUUUGCGUUAUGCGGCUGAUACGUUCCAGGGGAGUACUCCCGACAAGAGUCAUGCAUGGGGAUCGUUCCCCUAUGGUCGGGCAGAUCUGGUUCCCAGCAUGUCCCACUGGGUUAAGGAUGUGGUGACUUUUUAUUACUGUUGUCUGUGGACGAAUUAUGCCGACUGUGAUUACUACAUGGACCAAAGAGCCACGCGGGACUGUAGUGGGUACACACCUCCGAGAGCAGCUGCCAUAUUUGGACAAGGGCAUGUGGAGACUCUGGACCACCGUCAUUAUCGUGUUUUUGGUGCGGGUGAUUUUAAACUCCUGGAAUCGCCGUACGCGAAUAUAACUAUACAGGGCAGGUUCUCCAGAAACUAUAUGGACAUCUUAAGACAAAAGACAUACACGACCCUAAACUCGUCUGUGGUUCUGACCAGUGUUGGUAUAGAAGUAGGUCAUGAGAGAGUGGAGAUCAAACUAGACCGCAACAAUCCACGACGCUUGCUCAAUGUCCUCGUUAACAACACUUUCCAGUUUUUCGACUCAGAACCCGUUUACAUGCAACAAUUCUCACAGGUGACCAUUGUAAACUCACCCGAUAAACCAGGGAACGUCAACUCCAACUUCACCGUGAUUCUGAAGAACGGUAUGGGUGUCCAGGUGGUGGCUUCGUCUGGUCUCAUCAAUGCAUUCGUGAUGGUCCCCUACACAAUGAAGGGACUGGUGCGAGGACUUUUGGGAACGUGGAAUGAUAACGGUACUGAUGACUUUACGUCUAGAGAUACCAACCAGGUCGUACCUAUGACGAACAACCCAACAUUCUACAACCAGUUCACUUACUCCUGGCGUGUAAAUAACACUGAAGACUCCAUACUCCCUCAUUACGUGUCCCCUGUAACUCCCUCCGACCUCAGAGACAGCUUCCCAUCGACGUCUUCGACAAUACGUAGAUUAUGCAAUGGUCAAGAAAGCUGCGAGUUUGACUAUCAGCAACUCAGAUUAACAACACAGGCUGAAAAAACCAAGAUGGCCGCCGAAUGGGUUGGAGAGAUGCAACUACUUCUUACCCCAGUGCGAUCAUGUGGCCUCCUAAACGUGCCCCGUAGUACCAAAAGCAAUUACAACUACAGUCUGGGCAGCACUGUAACAGUGACAGGUUGUAGGACUGGUGAAUUACAGGGAGAGUCAUCGUACACCUGUGAGGCAACCUCUAACUUAUCCCAGGCCUGGAGUCCGAGUGUCUCCGCCGUCUGUACAAAUGUGCCCUUGGACGAGGCUGAUGUCGGAAUGAUCGUUGGUAUUGUCUUGGCUAUCGUAGCAAUUCUGCUGGUAGCUGUCAUUAUUGCUAUUAUCUUUAGACGCCGGACUCGUAAAGACAAGAGUCCGAGUGUACCGGAGGAUGGAGGAAAUUAUUCAACUGAUAAGUCUAACCCGAUCUCCUCUGGGCAGUAUGACGCUCGUUAUUCAGAGGUGAAGUUAAGAGAUGAUGACGGCGCAACGAGGGAGAAACGUGCCAAGGACAAGGAUUUCGACAUGUAA